CAAAUUCAAAUCAAAUUUCUCACCCUCUUUCUAAAACACUGUAUUUAGAGCGAGAAACUAAAUCAAAUUAAAAAAUUGAAAACUUUUUCUUAUUUUAAUUAAAUUCACGCGUUAGUCACCAGAAAAUCCGUGUUCCAGUAUAAUUUUUUAGUGAUAUCUUCUCCUUCAUUAAGACAACAAGAGUUUAAGAGAGAGAAAGUUUAGUGAGAGAAAGUGAACCCCUUCUUCCGCCUUGCUUUAAGGUUUUUUCCGAUCAGGCGCAUAUUAGUCUUACUAGAGUCACGCUUCUUUGCUAACUUACGCUGGUGUUGCAGCAUUACUUUUUGUUUCUCUCUCCAUUUUAUGCCUCAUUUUGCUGCUAGGUUUAUGUGUGAUAGUGAGGUUCAGCUGAUGUUUUGGGGUUUUGUGGGUUGAAAUUUAAAGCUGAUAAAUUGAUUGAUUAUUUGGGGUUUUAAUUUGUGUUAUUAGGGUUUUAUAAUCCAAAAUGGGUGAUACAGAAAGGGGUAAUAUUGAUAUGAUGCAUAGACUUCAAAAUCCAUUUGGGGCUUUAUCAAGAACAAGUAAUCAUCUUGAUGUAGCUCAAUUGAAUAUAUCCCAAAUCCGACCUCCUUUACCUCAAAAUUCCCAGAAUUUGCAAAAUUUCAACUCUGAAAAUGGUAAAAGAUCAGGGAUACCACCAUCUCACCCUCCUAUGCCACCCCUGUCACCCUAUUCACAAAUCCCAGUUACUAGAACAGGUUCUCGGCACUCAGGUUCACAGAAUUUCUGUCGUGGACCGUCUCAUUCGCGAUCGUUGUCGCAACCGGCCUUUUUUAUGAAUGAUUCGUUGCCCCCUUUGAGUCCGUCGCCUUACCAAAACUCUACUUCCCCUACUAGUGCUCCUGAUAGUACUAAUUUGUCCAAUGGUUCGUUGGAGAAUCGUGAUGGCGGUGGCAAUUCGUUGUUGCCACCGUCUGGCAGGGGUAAUUCAGCUCAUAUCACUGAGGGACUGCCACCAAGGAAAUUGCAUAGGCGUUCUAUAAGUGAUAUUCCUUUUGGUUUUGAUAGUAUAUUUCAAUCAUCUCCGCCGCCAUCACCAAUGGUAUCUCCUAAUCCAAGAGGAGGUCAUGGUGAUUUGGAGAGGACUUUGUCUAGUGGAGAGUUUGUGACUUCAACCAAGCCUGCACAGUUAGUUAAGAAGGAGUCUAGUUGGGAUAAGACGCGAGAUGGUAAUGUAGAAGGUGAAGUUGUAGAUGAUAUCCUUUCCGCGUAUAUGGAUCUGGACAACAUUGAUACCAUGAAUUCUUCCGGGACUGAUGACAAGUAUUGUAAUGAAAAUCGAGAUGAUUUGGAUAGUCGAGCUAGUGGGUCCAAGACGAAUGGAUGUGAAAGUAGUGAUAAUGAAGCUGAAAGCAGUGUGAAUGAGAGUGGAAGCAGUGGACAAAGACCAAUGAUUGGUGAACGAAAGAGGGGUUCCGUAGGUGAGGCUGCACCAUCUAGACACUACAGAAGUAUUUCGAUGGACAGUUUCAUAGGGAAUAUGAAUUUUGGUGACGAAUCUCCAAAGCUACCUCCUUCUCCGAGUACUGGUGUUGCUCAGCUUUCUCUUAAGGAUCCUGAAAAUGGAAAUUCCAGUGCAUUCAGUUUGGAAUUUGGUAACGGAGAGUUUACUGGGGCUGAACUGAAGAAGAUAAUGGCAAAUGAGAAGUUAGCUGAGAUUGCUUUAACGGACCCUAAACGUGCCAAAAGGAUUUUGGCAAAUCGUCAGUCAGCUGCUCGCUCAAAGGAGCGGAAAAUGAGAUACAUAUCAGAAUUGGAACACAAAGUUCAAACUUUACAAAAUGAAGCCACAACUUUGUCUGCACAGCUUACAUUAUUGCAGAGGGAUUCUUCCGGACUUUCCAGCCAAAACAAUGAGCUGAAGUUUCGUCUACAAGCGAUGGAGCAACAAGCUCAGCUUCGUGAGGCUCUAAAUGAAGCAUUAACAGCAGAAAUCCAACGCCUAAAGGUAGCCACAGGAGAGCUGAGUGCCGAGUCUAUAUCCAAGAGUUUUGGGCAGCAGCUUUUUGUCAAUCCUCAAAUGUACCAGCAGCAGCAGCAGCAACCCAACCAAAACAACCCUAAUAAGUUACAGUCCAAUCCACUACAGGAGCAGCCAAAAGCACAAGACUCGAACAAUGGUGGAAAUUCAAAGAGUGAAUCAAAGCAAUAAUGGUUAUCCUUGAGAUAGGUUUGUGUUCAGUGCCUCGCUUAGCUAUCUUUAGUCAACGUUGGCUCAGUUGGCUCAAUCAUUGAUCUGUAGUUUGCUCUUUCUGCAUUAAUUUAUCUAUUUCACAUCAACAUAGAAACGUAAACUUCAAAGUAAAUUAGCUGUAGAUUCAUUUUGCAUAGAGUUACUAAAUCAUACAUUCUAUUUACCUUAUCUAGGAACAUGCAUGUCAAAGCAAAGAAUUUGUUUUUAGACAUAAGUUGCUACACAACUAUCUGUACAAUAGAGUAGUUUUUUAAUGUACGGGUGCUUUGGUUGCAAUCGGGUGCCAUAAUGUGGGAUUUUCCAGUUACUUUUUUUGCAGUUAAACUCAAAUUUAUUGUGUAUGAAAUGGAUCAAAAACUUGUUUCAUUGUGCUAAA